AAUGAAGGAGAGGAGGUAAAUAUUGCCUACAACAUACAGCAACAAAGGGCAAAGAAACAAUUAUUACUUAUUAUGUUGGUCAUUUGGGAGGGGAGUGUUUUGGUUUUCGAAUCAUAAUGAUGUGCUGUUGGGCCAUUGUUUCGUUUAUCAUAAUGCUUUAGAAAGAAACAGAGCAUCUUUCACACAUAACAACAAAAGAAAACACUCAGAAUACAAAUAUCCAAUUCGACUAUAAUGCUCACAAUCAAUACGUGAAAAUGUGCCCACAAGCCUCUUAUUUAUCACAUCGUGUUCAGUUUCAUUUUUUUUCGACAUAAAAAAAUAGAUUUUGUACGAGUUCUGCUUUAGGUGAAAGAUGAACAAGGUAAUUCACCUUCAUAACCAAUUUCCAUUCAUAAGCCUAAAAAGAAAAUGCCGUCAUAAUUUACCACCCGUGUUUAGAAAGUAUUGCACGGACGAGUCAUUGUUUCCCAAGAGAGUAAACAAAAUGAAUGAAGGCAGAAAAUACCCGAUAUGACAACAACACUUUAUUACCAAGUUUACGUGCUCUUAAGUAAAUCAAAGCAUCACCCAAAUCUAAAAAUAGCACAUAGUAUAACAACUAGUAUCAAUUAUGACGAUAAUUUGUAAUAGUAAACAACACGUUCUUAGAACUGAAUAACGAUUCUUACAUACAAUUGUUACAAACGACAACCAUUACCGCUCGAGUAUAGUGGCAUGAUAAGAUGUUUGGUUAGCUCUCUGUUCAACACUGCAAUUACAUGCUCUGUAUUAUUACGAUGCUAAAAUGAUAUGAUAGGAGUAGGUGGUGGUGGUGGGGAAGCACUCUUUACUUUGGCAAACCGAUCAUGUUGUCUCCCUCUUCCCUUAUCUGUUCUUUGCCCUCACAUGACAGUCACAUAUUCACAUUCAUCUUCUUGUCUGCUUGUUCAGUUCUCCUUUUCUCAGCCCUAAACACUAAGAAGAAUAUCACACAUUCCAAUUCAUGCAAAAAGGGCCACUUCCCCCAAAUUGUAGAUUCCCUUUUGGGUUUUCAUGGUAUGGGAUAGGAAGGAUUACUAGGCAACAAAUGGAACAGCUUUUAGAAAGAAAAAGUUCAUGGGUGAACAAUCUUGUUGGUAAAAAAGGGUCAAUUCUCAAGUUUUAUAAUGUUGAGAGAAAUCGAGUUCUUGACAUGGUACUAGAAGGUUAAGGAAUGAGGAAAGAGUGUGUGUUGAUGAUCAUUGUUACUUGUCUAGUCAUGGACUAUAAACAGUGGAUCGUCCUCUUCUUUUAUGUGUUGCUUAUUCUAGACCGUUGUUUUUUGUUGUAGCUAUGCAGGAAGAUCUACCACUAUCAUGUUUCCUCACGCUUGGCAUGUUGAAGUUCGAUGGGCGAUCAAACCCUUCCCGUCGAGUUCUCCAGGUUAAGCUUGAUUAAUGGGAUUUGGAGCCUGGUUGUGAGUUUGCACUUGCAAACAAUAAAAGCUAUAGGAUUCGCAAAGUGAUUGCCAAUUAGCUUUCUUAGGAAGUGCGGAGAUUGGUACUCGAAGAUAUACAGUUGUGUAGAUGAGGUUCUGUUAAUAAAUUUUUUAGUUUGGAUUACUAUUUAUGAUCGAUUUGUCAUUCCAGAUAAUAUUUUUGGUUGGGUUGCAAAGUUGUCACCAAUUGUCGCGUUUGUAUGCUUAGUGAUAAAUCUCAUUGUCACUUUGUGCUUAUUUCAUUACCAAGUCGAUCAUGGAAUAUCUCUAUGCUGUAAGACUUCAUGACCUAUUAGGGAUUCGAUUUGUUUACCAAGUUAAGGCCACUGCAAAGUUGAAUCGCUAAAAUAACUUCACAAAUUUUGAGGUUUCACUUAUUUCGAAAUCUAGAAAAUAUAAUAAAGUAAUAUCAUAUUAGUUUUCACUUAUAGAUAGAAUUUUAAAUUAAAAAAUGAUUGAUCAAGCACAACCACCAACAUCAACCAACUAAUUGAAUCAAAUCCAUUUGUAGAUAAUUGAAUCUCGUAAAUGAUUUGCAUAAGUUCAAUCAUAUUCUUUAUAAUUUGAGAAUUUAUAGAAGCUUUGAUAAUAGACUAUAACAUUUUUUCAUGCUUAAUUACAACAAUAUUUGAUAAUUAAUUGCUAAUAUUUGUUUAAAGUAUUUUGAUAAAUAUUUAAAAACAUUAUUAAACCUCCCAAACAACAACAAAACCCAAGCUGCCAAAAGUCCUAAAGCAUCAAUUUUCCCCUACCCCUCAGAAUUCCUCCAUUUCCUUCCUCCCUCCCUGUUUCAUUUUUUACCAUUUACCAGGCAAAGGCUAACAAAAUCCCAAGAACCGUCCUUUCUCUCUCUCUCUCUCUCUCUCUCUCUCUCUCUCUCUCUCUCCCGUUUAGUUCAUCGCCAUCGCCAUCAAAUCAUCAAUUGUGUCUAUCUCUUCUCUCCUCAUUCGUCUUCCUCGCCGAUUUAAUCCAACGAACUGUAUUGGCAAGUAAGAUUCAGAAGGUAACACCUUAUCGUCCCUUCCUCCCCUCUAGAUCUUCCUUUACCUUGCAAAAUUUUACAUUACUUGGCCAGGGGCUUCUUCUCCCUUCCUUUUUCUCUGUGGUUCUCAUUGGGUUGCCGGUAUUCCAACUUCUAGAAUCAAGUUUCGUAGAUUCUCAAUUCGUUCCCUGCUUAGAAAGUCAAUUCCAAUUGAUUUUCAUCUGCUACUUUUUCUUCUAGUUGGCUGGAUUCCUUAGCGGGAGAGGAUGUAUUGUUCUUUCCUUGUUUUAGGUUUUUUUUUUGGCUAGGGUUUCUGAAUUUUGGGAAUGAUACCUUUUGUGAACUUUUUGCCUGAUGUUGUUUAAUUGGUUUGGGGUUAUGGUUGUUGCAAAUUUGAUCAGUGGGUAUUUGCAAAGCACUUAGCUUUAUUGUUUCUAAAUGAGGGGUUGUUGCUUUGAUAAACGCAGGAAUCGGCCAUGUCCCACGAGAGACACCAAUCGGGUGAGUUGAAUUACAUGGCAGAAGAGGCUGAAAUGGCUGAUUUCGUUGAUGAAAUUGAUGAAGACAACUAUGGGGCUGCGGCGGCUGGAGGUGGAGUUGAUGUGGAAAUGGAGGCUGAUGAAUAUGACAUGCUUACCAAGGUGACCGACACAUCUUCUGCCCAAGCUAGGAUGGGCAAAGAUAUACAGGGUAUUCCGUGGGAAAGAUUGAACAUAACCAGAGAGAAGUACAGAUUGACAAGGCUUGAACAGUAUAAGAACUACGAAAACAUCCCUUUGUCUGGGGAAUUUGUCGAUAAGGCUUGUAAACCAACAGAUAAGGGGGCCAACUUCUAUGAAUUCUUCUACAAUACUCGAUUGGUCAAACCCACAAUUCUUCAUUUCCAGCUAAGGAACUUGGUUUGGGCUACUUCAAAACAUGAUGUGUAUCUGAUGUCUAACUACUCCGUCAUGCACUGGUCAUCAUUGUCUUGCAACUUAUCUGAGGUCAUUAAUUUUGCAGGGCAUGUAGCCCCUGAUGAGAAACAUUCAGGAAGCUUGCUGGAAGGUUUCACACAAACUCAAAUAAGCACUUUAGCUGUUAAAGAUAAUUUCUUAGUUGCAGGGGGCUUCCAGGGAGAGCUUACUUGCAAGCGUUUAGGUAAACAAGGAGUUAGCUUUUGCACCCGCACUACCUAUGACGAUAAUGCCAUUACAAACUCCAUUGAAAUAUACGAUGGCUUGAGUGGUGGAAUUCACUUCAUGGCAGCCAACAACGAUUGUGGUGUGAGGGAAUAUGAUAUGGAGAGGUUUCAGCUCCUGAAUCAUUUCCUGUUCCCUUGGCCAGUGAAUCAUACAUCAAUUAGCCCUGACAAAAGACUGGUUACUGUUGUUGGCGAUAACUUGGAUGGACUGCUGGUUGAUUCCCAAAAUGGAAAGACGGUAUCCACGAUGGCAGGCCAUCUAGAUUACUCUUUCGCCUCGGCAUGGCAUCCCAAUGGCCUCGUUUUUGCAACAGGGAAUCAGGAUAAGACAUGUCGCGUGUGGGACAUUAGGAACUUGUCGUCCCCCGUGGCAACCCUGAAGGGCAACCUAGGAGCAGUACGGUCAAUCCGAUUCUCAUCGGACGGCCAGUUCAUGGUGGUGGCAGAGCCCGCCGAUUUCGUGCACGUAUAUAGCACGAAACAAAACUACGAGAGAAGGCAAGAGGUGGACUUCUUCGGCGAGAUAUCAGGAGUAGCACUCAGCCCAGACGACGAGUCGUUAUACAUAGGAAUAUGGGACCGGACAUAUGCGAGCUUGCUACAGUAUAACAGACGGCAUAGCUACGGGUAUCUGGAUUCCUGCUUGUGAUGAUGUUAGAAUAAGGGGGGUUGCCUGUAGUUGGAAGGGAAAGGACCUAGGGAAGGGUUCAAGGGAUGAGAUGUUUUGAUUUCUUGUUUGUUUUGUAAUUCUUCAGUGGUUGGAGGUCCUUAUAAUUUAGAAGGUGGUGUUGCUAGGGGGGAUUUUGGUUGAGGAAUGUGGUAAAAGUGAGAGAUGGUGACUUAAAAAAAAGGUGAGAAUAAUUGAACUUCUGGGUCCGUCUGGUUGUUAGACCUUCUUGUAUAGAUGAUACCAUAUAACUACAUAAAAAUACUGUCACGAGUCGAAUGCGCGAUGAGUCAUAUAACUUGGGUUGGAAUGGAGCUAUGGAAGUGGUGAUUCUGUGUACUUUAUCUUCAUCUAUAUCUCUGUCAUCUGUUGGCUGUUGCCUCCCCUACUGUAAAGAAUCGUUUCUUCUUUGCUACGUACUUCUGUACGCGAUGCAAGGUAGUCGUAUUUUGACGCUAAAUGGUAAUACAUUCGUUGGUAGUCGAUGAGAUUCGAUUACCUGACCACUAGGUUCUCCUGCUGCCAUGAAAACAACCUGAGUAAAUGAAAAUGAGUCAAUGAC